AUGAGAUUCCUAAGUGUGCAAACCACGGACUCCAAAUGUCAAUGCAUGGAACUAAAUGAUGGUCACUUCAUUCCUGUGUUGGGCUUUGGUACCGCUGUACCACUAGAGGUUCCUCUGAGUAAGACUUUGGAGUCUACUAAAAUAGCAAUAGAUACUGGGUUCCGCCAUAUUGAUUCUGCUUAUGUGUACCAAAAUGAAAAGGAGAUAGGACAGGCUAUUCGAAGCAAAAUUGCAGAUGGUGUUGUGAAGAGAGAAGACAUAUUUCUUACUACAAAGCUUUGGUGUAGAUUCCACCAACCAGAAUUGGUUGAUAUUGGCUUAGAGAGAUCACUGAAAAACCUUCAACUAGAUUAUGUUGACCUCUUUCUUAUUCAUUACCCAAUGUCAAUUAAGCCAUCAGAGGCAAUACUUACAAAAGAUGGAAAUGGAAAAAUAUUAUUUGAGACAGUAGAUCUCUGUGCUACAUGGGAGUUCAUGAAGAAGUGUAAGGCUGCAGGAUUAGCCGAGUCCAUUGGGGUGUCCAACUUUAACCGUAGACAGCUUGAGAUGAUCCUGAACAAGCCUGGACUCAAGUACAAGCCUGUGUGCAAUCAGGGCAUCACCACUGAAUUAUGA